AUGGCCGCCGCCGCGUCUGCCUCUCCCGACUCGGAGGAGGCCGGCAUGGAGCCGGAGGCGCAGAACCCGCCGCUGGGCAGCCGGGCGGAGGGCGAGGCGGGGCCCUCUUCGGCGCAGGAGGCGGCGGCGGCGGAGGAGCCCGACAGCGCGCCGCCCCAGCCUUCCUCCUCGUCCGCCCAGGCCGCGGUCAGCAACGGCGGAGACCCGCCCGAGCUGGAGAAGGAGCUGGUGGAGCUGAAGGUCAUCUGGAACAAGAACAAGUACGACGUCCAGUUCCCGCUGGACAGCACCGGCGCCGACCUCAAGCAGAAGAUCCACUCGCUGACGGGCCUUCCUCCCACAAUGCAAAAGGUCAUGUUCAAAGGGCUUCUGCCAGAGGAGAAGACGCUGCGGGAAAUCAAAGUAAUCAAUGGCGCCAAAAUCAUGGUGGUGGGUUCCACCAUCAAUGAUGUCUUAGCAGUCAGCAUACCGAAGGACGCUGCACAGCAGGAGGUAAAGUCAGAAGAGACCAAAAAGGAGCCCCUCUGCAGGCAAAAGCAACACAGGAAAGUGUUGGAUAAAGGCAAACCGGAUGACGUGAUGCCUUCUGUCAAAGGUGUACAGGAGCGCCUGCCAACUGUUCCUUUGUCGGGUAUGUACAACAAGUCAGGUGGGAAAGUGCGACUCACCUUUAAACUCGAACAAGAUCAGCUCUGGAUUGGUACUAAAGAGAGAACAGAAAAACUGCCCAUGGGGUCCAUCAAGAAUGUGGUGAGUGAGCCUAUCGAAGGACACGAAGAAUAUCACAUGAUGGCCUUCCAGCUGGGUCCCACCGAAGCCUCUUACUACUGGGUCUACUGGGUGCCGACCCAAUACGUCGACGCAAUCAAAGACACGGUGCUGGGGAAGUGGCAGUAUUUUUGAAGGCACGCUCACCUCUGGCACUGCAGACUGACUCGAACCGAAAGGACACUGCUGGGAGAGGCCUGGGCGUGGGUUGUGGUCCUGGAACUUCUUACACCAACACGAUCUGGAAGAGGCCCGGGAGGAGGAGGAGGACGACGCCAGAGGUGGGGAAUCUCUCGCCAUUAGUUUAUUUUUAACUUAAAAAGUGCAACAGCAGCCCUCUUUUUCUGCAGGCGGCUUCCACCCUACUUUAAACAAAAAAUGAAAAAAACCAGAUAUGAUGGAAAUCAAUAAAUCUUAAUUCACAAA